UUUAGUUCCCUCGCGCAGCGUGCGGGUUGUGUGUGAAUUUUAUAAUAAUUCGCGGUUCAAAUGGGGGUUAGACUGCUUAUUCUAUUGGCACUUCUGGUUGGGGUCCUGUACUGCCUCCACCUGCUGGUCAAGGACUACCAAGCUCUGACAGCGCCGAGACUCUUGCGCAUGCUGUUCAAAAGGGACACCAACUCUAUGAACGAGUCGAUCAGCGAUUGGAGCCCCCACGUGCGAUGGCGAAUGAUUCUGCACCAUGACCCCAUACAAUGCGCUCGGUAUCUGUACUGCGAGCUGGGAGCCACGAGCAACAAACACACCGAACUGCAACACGGCUUUGUGUAUAUGCUGACCUUGAACCCGAAAGAAGUCGACAGGACAUCCCGCGACGUGUUCAUCCAGGCGUACAACUACGGUGUCAAGCACCAAAAUCCGGGACACUGCAGGAACGAAUACCCGUAUUGCCCGUUUGACUAUUCCCUGCUAUUCCAACUAAUCGAUUAUUUACUCCAUCAGAAAGACUGAUAGGUUUUUGUUGAAAUCUUGAGUGUAAAAGUAGUUGAGAAGAAUCGAAAUAUUGACGUGACUGACAUAAAUCUUAAUCAAAUUGAUACAUUUUAAUAACAUUUGCUAGUUGCAAUAUUUAUUAAAUGUCCGUCACGUCGCUUGUUUAUUCUACCUACCUGUGACAUAUUUCUGUAAAUAUUUAAUGCAAUAUUCUAUAAAAAAAAUUAACUUACUAGUUACUUACGCACUUGUUAUGUGGUCAUAAAUCUAGAUAUCGAAGACGAAAUGAGUGUUUAAAAAAAUAUCUUCAAGUACUUAAAUACACAAAGAAUAUUUUCAUUUAUCUGCUCAUUUGGAACUCUGAACCAUAUGCCUUCCUUCGUCCUGUGGCUGAAAUUUAUUUAGGUACAUUAAUAUUACAUAACUUUAUAUUUUCCAUGUCCAGUUACUUAUAUGUAUACGUAGAGCCUCUCUAUUUUUGUUAUUGUAAGCGAACGUUAGAGAUAUGUUAUUUGAUUGGUUAGGUUCAUUGUUUAUCUUUUUCUUGUGCAAAGCGAAGGCAAACAAACAAUAACCCUUUAAAUGUAAACAAAACAAGAAUAACUGAAAGUAUGAGCAGGUAGCAUUCAGUUUUAGCAAUAAUUUAUAAUUAUAACCACGAUAGCCGAACGGUGAAGGGGUCGGUGUGGCCGACUCGAGAUACGAGGAACGCGGGUUCGAAUCCCACCGCCGCUCGACUAUUGUGGUGAGCCCACUCGUAACACAAGCUUAUUUAGAAAAAUCCUAAUAAUUCCUUUGAUGUUAAAGGAUUUGCCACACUGGGUACGUUCUGCGGUCAAAGUGAACGCAGUCCGCAUUAUGUAUAUGAACAACAUAAUUGUCGGUCAGGGCAACGGUCUGCGGUCUGGGUAAUACAGUCUGUCAGUGAUCGUGAAAAGGCAAUCUGUCAUCGGCGCGGUUUGCGUUCUUUCCUCGUGCCGCAAGGUCAGGCUGCAUCAAUACGACAUGUAGGAUUGUAGGUAUGUUUAUAGAUCGUGCAAGGUUGGAUUAUUAUCGGGGGCUUGGUGACCGGACGUCGCGACGGAGGACGUCCACCCACAAGGUGGACCGAUGCCUCAUAAAAGUAGCGGGAAGGCGCUGGAUGCAGGCCGCCACCAACCGGCCAUUGUGGAAAUCAUUGGGCGAGGUCUAUGCUCAGCAGUGGACGUCCUAUGGCUGAGAUGAUGAUGAUGAUGAUGCGGGCUGCGUUCACUUUGACCUGACCGCAGCCCGCAGAUCGUAUCCAGCGUGACAAAUCCUUUACGUUUUUAUUUUAUGAGGCCCCGUUUCCAUCAUAGCGGAGCGGAGAGGAGACGAGAGAUGUUUGUUUUGAAUAACCAAUCAGGUUCUUUUAACCGAUGCUGAGCGGCGAAGUGAUGUGGAAAUAAUGAAAUCAGUUCGUUUAUUCAAAACACAUUCUCCUCUUUUCUUAGCUUUAGUGGAAACCGGACUUAUGUGGCAUAAUAAUAUAUUAUUUUUAAUACAUUUUUAAUGUUACCGUUCGAGAAUUGUUAUUUAGUAACUAAAAUUACGUAUUAAAAUGAUACCAAAUUUGUUAUUUCUAAGGUCUAUACUUGUCCCAAAUGGGCCGUUUGUUAAAAUGUAUACCAAGCACGAAAUUGUAGAGAUUUCACAAAUAAGAAACACAAUAAAGUGUCUUGAUUUGAUAUUUGAUUUCUCUUCUAAUUAAGUUAGCGUUGCUGAGAAUGUAUGUGUAAAUGAAUAUGUUGUUAAUUUGUGCCUACAAUUUAGAUUUCUAACUUUACUAUUAUAGUGAACGCGUUCAUUGGUGCGUCAUGUUACUAUUGAAACUACAUUUCAGCGAAUUUCAUUUGUGCGAAUUUAAUAUAGCUCCAAUAGCUCUUUUCAGGCAGUUAAAUAUUCUUCAUUCUAAUAUUGGUAUUAUUGCUUCAUUUCAAUAGGUCUUCUCAAGGAGACUGAUUACGGUUUGUGAUUUUUUAAAUAUUAUUAAUAAAUAACAUUUAAUUUUGUUAACCUUGUUAAAUGAGUUUUGUUUUGACAUUCCACUUUUGUUUUCGGUAACUUAACAACUUAACACAAUAAUUAAUACAAAAUUUACCUACAACUUAGUAGUAGAGAUGAGCCUUUUAUGUAAAGGGUCGGUUUGAGAGUUACCUAAAACAAUGGUGCCAGUUAUUCUAGUCUAAUGUUAUGUUCCCAAAUAAUUCUUAAAUAAAUAAUUGUUUAAUCCUUUA